GUUUGUUAAUAUGCGCGAAUGAGUUCGCCCGAGAUGCAGCAACAGCAGCGCACGGCCGGCGCACUCGGCAGCAAGACAGCGCGCGCGUGCGACGGAUGUAUGCGGCGCAGAGCGCGCUGGUACUGCGCGGCAGACGACGCGUUCCUUUGUCAAGCUUGUGACUCCUCCGUGCACUCCGCCAACCCACUCGCCCGGCGCCACCAGCGAGUCCGGCUCAAGACCUCGGCCCCGUCCGUUCUCAAGCUCGACGAUGGCCCUUCCUGGCACCAGGCCAUCACGCGCAAGGCUCGGACACCACGGCCGAAGCCUGGAGUCAUAACCAGCGUCAAGUCGGAGCCUGUUGUACCUGACCUUGAAGCUGUGUCGGCCGAUGAGAACAACGUUGGUGAAGAGGACCAGUUGGUUUACCACCGCGUGCCGGAGUUUGACCCUUUGCUUGCUGAGUUUCGCUCGCCGGAUCCGGUAAUUGGUGGGUUGGAUGAUGUGCAUGGUUUUGGUUCAAAGACGGAGGAAAGAGAGUUGCCGGAAAGUGGAAGCUUGGCCGGGUUUCUUCCGGCGGAUGAUGACGUGGAUUUGGCUGAGUUUGCUGCUGAUAUGGAAACGUUGCUGGGAAGAGGACUUGAAGAGGAUGCGUUUUGCAUGGAGAGUUUGGGAAUUGGUUUUUCCGGCGAGGAAGACAAGACGAUGACGAUGAUGAUGAAGAUGGAGAUGAAAGAGGAGAUGAAUGAAGAAGAAGAUGAUGAUGAAAGAAUGGAUCUUGAUGGAAGAGAGAUGGUGUUGGAGUUGAAUUUUGAUUCCGGAUCGACGGCGCCGGAAGAGGUGGAGGUGGAGGUGGAGGAGAAGAUCGUCGAUGAUAAAAGAAUGAAAUUGAGGUUGAAUUAUGAAGCUGUUAUCGACGCUUGGUCUUCGUCUUGCCAGGGUUCGUCGCCGUGGACCGAUGGUGAUCGGCCUAAGCUCAACCCUGACGAGUGCUUACCUGAGUUCAAGGGAGGGAUGUGGCCGGUGAGCGGACAAGUGACCGGACCGAUAAGCGGAGGAGGAGGAGGAGGUGAUGGAGGGAGGGAGGCAAGAGUAACAAGAUAUAGGGAGAAGAGGAGGACAAGAUUGUUCGCGAAGAAAAUACGGUAUGAAGUUCGAAAGCUCAAUGCAGAGAAGAGGCCGAGGAUGAAGGGUCGGUUCGUUAAGAGAUCAUCGUUUCCUGUCGUCGGAGCAGGUGUAGGACCGAGCUUCGGCUUUUGAUGGAUUUGGAUAAUAGUAAUGAUAAUGACGAUAAAUCGGAUUAAAUGGAUCAAGCUAGCUUCACCAUUGAUAUGUAAAGCUCUAGUGCUAGUAUUUGAUCCUUGUUUUAGUUAAUAAUUAGCUUUGUUUGAUAAAUGUAAUCAUGUAGCUUGAGUCUUGGUUUUUGUUGGUGGAUUUCCAUCCCUUUUUGGUCUUGAAGAUGAAGAUCAGUGAAGAUGAGAGGAUUGGUUUAGAUUCAUCCUGCUCCUUUGUUUGAUAGAUGGAGAUCCACCAGUUGGCAAUAACAUAGCUAGUUAGUUGUAGAUAUAUAUAUAUAUAUAUAUAAUGUAUAUGUUAUGAUGUGUAUAGAAAUUCUGAUUAAUUAUUUAUAAACUUUUUAUUGUGUCUA